AUGCAGUCGUCAUCAAAUAAACCGUUGAAUGUGGCGAUAAUUGGUGCCGGUCUCGGAGGCCUCUCCGCUGCCAUUGCCCUCCGUCGGCAAGGGCAUCAGGUCACCGUGUACGAGCGGUAUGACUUUGCUGGCGAAGUCGGGGCAUCCCUUGGCGUGACGCCCAAUUGCAUCAAGUUGCUAGAGCAAUGGGGUGUGGACAUCCCAGCGGCGAAGCCUGUUAGUAUUAUGCACAUGAAGCACUUUACAUCAAAUGGGCUACUGACGGCAGUAAACAAGGUUGACUACAGCAAAUUCAUUGUGCACAACUGGGAGACCGGAGAGAUCAAGAUAACAGCUGACUGGAGCGACUACAAGUCGAGAUUUGGAAGGGCCUACAAAUGCUUCCACCGUAUCGAUCUCCAUCGGCAACUUCAGAUAUCAGCCUUCGAAAAGGCAGGAGAGGGACCAGCCUGCAUAUUAAAAGUCAAUCACAAAGCCGUUGAAAUGGAUCCUGAAGCCGGCAUCAUCAAGUUCGAAAACGCGGAGACUGUAACUGCUGACCUCAUCGUCGCGGCCGACGGUAUCAGGUCCCAAAGCCGCAUAUCGAUGGGGAUCGCGCCCAAAUUCCAAAUGUCCUCAUCAUGCUGCUACCGUAGCAUCGUCCGAGCGAACACAGUCCGCUCAUUAGGCCUCUAUGAGUUCCUCGAUAAUUACGCCCUCGAAUACUGGGGAGGCCACGGCAUCAACAAGAUUGUCAUGUCGCCGUGCAGUGACGGCGAGACCCUUGGGUUUUACUGCUUCUACCCUACUACACACAACGAUUUACGCGAAGACGGAUGGAACAUCAGCGCCACCCCAGAGCAGCUGACUGACACAUUCCCCACUCUAGACCCAAGGGUGAAGACUUUGAUGCUUCACGCGGAGGACAUUAAAAUGUGGCGAUUAUAUGUUCAUGAACCAUAUCCGUACUGGGCCAAAGGAAAGGCCUGUCUUCUAGGUGACGCAGAACAGCUCAUCCAAUGA